AGAAAAGAAAACAAAUUGCAUGCUGAGUUUAUAUUUUUGAGUGCAAAUUAGGAACUAUCUCCAGUUAUUCUGGGAUGUGCAUAGGCUUUUAAAUCACACUUUGGUUUGUUAACACAUGUUGGUGGAUGUGGCCAUCUUGUGCCACCCCUUGGCUUCACCCCUGGUAAAAAGUGCCAAAACUUGACACUUAUUAAAGAUAUCACAACAAAACAGAUGUGACUCCAGGAGCAGACAUGCCCACAGAAAGAAGCUGAAUUUUUGUAAAUUUAAGACGCGGUCUAUUGAUUUUGUGCAUUUUCUGCAGUGAAACUUCCAAAUUAAUUCCCAUUUCAGGAUUUAAUGAAAUGUUUUUGUGUAUUUUCAGACAUGUGUUAUUGUUUGGGAUUUCUAUUUAAACAGCUCUGUGUAGGUUCAGCAGGCUGACUAAAGUUUGUGUCAGUAUCAAAGUCCACGGUUGGCUCAGGGCUUGUUAAAGGGGUCCGCUGCGCUGUUUCGCUGCAAAACAAGGAGCUAUUAUUUCCAGCCGUCACAGCUCAGAGACGCAGACCGGGACCGACACGCUUGUUUGGGCUUGUGGCUCUGCAGAAAAGAGACGUUUACGCGGUCAGGAAUUAUGAGGAAGUAUCUGGUAAACAUCGGAUUGGGAGUGAAGAACCGACAGCAGCAUGAAGUGAUCCAGAAAGUAGCAGCCGGACUGAACUAUGGAGAGACGCAGCGCCGCGACGCAUCGACCUCGACCUCCAACAGCACCUUGAUGGGAGUCAACAAACUGAAAACUAUAGAUGAUUUAGGGGGACCGAGCUUCAUGACCACCUUAUACUGGCUAUUUGUGAAGGGAUAUUUCCAAACGACGCAGCAAAUGCAAAUCGAGCACAGCAAGAUCUACGGCCCGCUGUGGAAGUCUACAUAUGGCCCAUUGGUGGUUGUGAACGUGGCCAGUGCUGAGCUGAUAGAGCAGGUGCUGAGGCAGGAGGGGAAAUACCCGGUACGGACUGACAUGCCCCACUGGAGGAGCUACCGGGAGCUCAGGAACCAGGCCCACGGACCCCUGACAGAGAUGGGGGCCAAGUGGCAGCGCAUCCGCAGCAUCUUGAACCCUCGGAUGCUGAAGCCUAAACACGUCUCGUCGUACGCCAACACCAUCAACGCGGUGGUAACAGACUUCAUCCAGAGAGUGACCUGGCUGAGGGAGAGCAGCGGACAGGGAGUUCUGGUUAAUGACCUGACUGGAGAACUCUACAAAUUUGCUUUUGAAGGGAUCUGUUCGGUGCUGUUUGAGAGCCGUAUGGGCUGCAUGGAGGAGGAGGUGCCGGAGGAAACCCAGAAGUUCAUCAUCUCCGUGGGGGAGAUGUUUCAUCUCUCCCAGAUCGUCGUUCUCUUCCCCCAGUCCAUGUGGCCCCGCCUGCCUUUCUGGAAGAAGUUUGUCGCGACCUGGGAUCAUCUCUUCAAAGUCGCUGAAGAUUUGGUGCUGAAGAAAAUGGAGGAGAUCCAUCGGAACGUGCAGCUGGACCGGAAUGUUGAAGGAGCGUAUCUCACACAUCUGCUGCUCAGUGACCAGAUGACGGUGACAGAGAUCCUGGGCAGCAUGACCGAACUUCUGCUGGCAGGAGUCGAUACAACCUCCAACACUAUCUCCUGGUCUUUGUACAACUUGGCAAAGGAGCCAGAGAUCCAAGAACAGUUGUACCAGGAAGUGAUCGGAGUUUGUCCCGGACACAAAGUGCCAAACAGCAGUGACAUCGCUCAGAUGCCGUAUCUGAAGGCCGUUAUCAGAGAGACACUGCGGUUGUAUCCGGUGGUACCAGGAAACGCCAGAGUCACUGUAGACAAUGAGAUCGUGGUUGGAGAUCAUCUCUUCCCAAAAAAGACGCUGUUCCACUUGUGCCAUUACGCUGUUUCAUACGAUGAGAACACCUUCCCGGACCCCCACGCCUUCCAGCCUCAGCGCUGGCUCCGAGGACUGGAGGAUAAAUCCAAACAGCAUCCAUUCGGAUCAGUGCCAUUCGGGUUUGGGGUCCGAGCAUGUUUAGGUCGACGGGUGGCCGAGCUGGAGAUGUAUCUCCUCCUGUCCAGGUUGAUAAAGCAGUAUGAGGUAAGGCCAGAUCCUGCAGGAACCACAGUGAAGCCGAUUACCAGAACUCUGCUUUGUCCCGCUACGCCCAUAAACUUGCAAUUUCUGGACAGGAGAGCGGACCAGGCGACAGCCGGAGCAUCUCUGUGAGCUGCUUUUAGUAUUCACACUGUGUUGCCUUUCUGUCACCAAGCAAUUGUUUAUACAGAGUUUUAAACACAAGUGCCGGCUGGAAACUGUGCACCAGGCUGAAAUAAGAGGCUGCUCAGUAUAGCACCGCACACUGUUUAUCUAAACUUUAAUGCACAGUUUGUCUAGUGCACAUGUAUAAAUUAUACUUUUUUAGUUUCUUUAAGCUGUUUUCAAACCUAAUUCAGUCCUUUCUGGAUGCCAUUUAUUAUUUUUUGUCAUGUUUCUGUGGGACGACUUUAGUUUCUCCAAAGAAAUUAGUAUAAUAUGAGAAUAUUUCUGCUAUUUCCUCCAAAAGAUGAGGCUGAUUUUAUUCAGUAUUUUGUUGUUAACCGAAAUCAACAAUUUGUUAGUUUAUCUGUAACUACUUCAGACUUUGCAGUGCAUUAAGUGGCAGGCCUAUUGGUUUAUACUGAAAAUGUGCAUUUUAAAUGUCUCACAAAAUGUCAUUUUUUUUUUUUUUAAAUUAUCUAACAGCUGAGCACUGCAGCUUAUUACAUAAUAUUUAAAAUACUACUUUUGUUUGGGGCUGUUUCUAUAUGUGAAUUGCUGUAUUUCUUGCAGCAUGUGUAUGUAAAAAGUAAACUGAGCUCACUUCAUGACUGGUUUGACUACAAAAUGUAGUUCCUACUAGAUUUCUUUUUUUGUAAUUUAAAAAUAACGUUUUACUCUACCGAUUCAAAAUAUGCAGACUUUUACUACUGAACCGAAGAAUCAUUAACAAGGAAUUAGAAUUUUAACAUAUAGAUACUUUAAAAUGAAAAAAAGAUGUCAUACUUUUGUGGUGUGGGGUGUGGGGGAGUUUGUACAUGCUUGUUUUUUUUAAGGUUUUAACAAUGUACAUGUAAUUUGUUUAUAAUUAAAUUUCUAUGCUGUGUAACUUGUAUAGAGAAAUAAUUAAAAUGCCUAUACUGUAAAUUGUACAGAGAAUAAUAUUUGAAAUGGUUUAAAAGACUGUAACAACACAAGCUAAUAAAAGAGAUUAAAGACUCAUUCCAUUAAUGCAAUCCUGGGUGUGAAUCUUCACGAGAUGUCACUGUCAUCAUCAUUUCUCCUGAUAUUUGUCAAAUAAAGUGAGAAAUAUGGA